AUGCAUCGUCAUGGUAGUCUCGUUCUCCGGCCUCAGCAGACUCUAGGUCGAGUUCGUCGCGCCUCGACGGCGGCGAAGCUCAAGCCUCGACAAUGGGAUUCUCCAAAUGCAGCUCCUCAAUAUCCGGGGCCCAGCGCUGCUACCUCGUCGACGGCUGCUCCAUCUCCUGCCUCAAAAGCAGCGGCUCUUCGCGCUAGCAUGGCCAAGAUGAACUCCAGGCCACCCAGCUCUGAACCUAGAUCAUCAGACCCAUGGUCAACUCCCCGUCAAGCCUCCGGAGGCUAUCGUGCUGGCACCCCGCAGAGGAAUUCCGACUGGGCCUCACAGAACCAAAAUUUCGCCCAUUCGUUCAGGAACGAUACCAGGCAAUCAACGCAGCACCACAAAGGGAGAGAUAUCAGGCCCCAGCAAUCACCUUCAACUGCUGCUAAUUUCCCUCAGACUGCACCUCCCGAUUCUACACAACAGUAUACAGCCAACCGGCCAACUACGACAGCGCAAACCGAACAUGCUUUCAUUUCUACUUCCCUUCCUGUGGACAUACCGUCAACCGAUGAACCUCUGAAGAAUCGACCCGUCCGCGUACGCUACGACUCUAAAUUCAAGGAGCGAGGAUCGCUUCUACAAGACGAUGGCCGGCACACCCAGUCAUAUUCAAAUAAGCAUGCUCAAGCUCGAAACGUAGAGAAACCCAAGCCAGUCAAAGCGUCUUUCAAGCAGGCCAAAAAACAACGAGAGCUGCCUCCAGUUUAUAUCCCAACGGCCGUCUCUGUCGUGAAUUUAGCUCGUAUCCUUGGAAUAAAACCAGCUCGCCUCCAACGAAAGAUGGAGCAGGUUGGCAUCACGGAUAACGCGAGUUACGAUUAUGUCCUAACCGCCGAUUAUGCCGCUUUGCUCGCUGAAGAGUAUGGCCGCAAGCCUAUAGUUGACGACGAGGCCGCUUUCGACCUUUAUCCUCCGGCGCCACAUCCCGAACCUUCGACGCUCCCAUUGCGACCUCCAGUAGUAACCAUUAUGGGGCAUGUUGAUCAUGGCAAAACGACACUGUUGGAUACUUUGCGGUCUGCGGCGGUGGCCAAAGGCGAAGCUGGUGGCAUCACUCAACAUAUCGGCGCUUUCUCUGUCCCUGUGCAAUCAGAGUCGACAGAGGGUGUCAAGUCUAUCACAUUCCUCGACACACCUGGACACGCUGCCUUCUCUGCAAUAAGAGCCCGUGGAGCGGGCGUUACCGACACCAUCGUCCUCGUUGUUGCCGCCGAUGACGGACUCAUGCCUCAAACCAAGGAGGUCAUCGAGUUGUACAAGAAGCAUCAAGACAGCGUCGGUUUGGUGGUCGCCAUCAACAAAGUCGAUAAACCGGCCGCCGAUGUGGAAGCGGUCGAAAAAGCUUUGAUGGCGGAAGGCAUCCAACUGGAGUCUUAUGGAGGCGAUAUCCCUGCUGUGCAUGUUUCUGGUCUGACUGGCCAAGGCUUGCCGGAUUUAAUCGAGACCCUAUCGGCUCUCGCUGAGAUGCAGGAUCUAAGAGCGGAAGACAGUGGCCUUGCAUACGGAGAAAUAUUGGAAUCGAAGGUUCAACAGGGGCUUGGAACGGUCGGGACGGUGCUUGUGAUGAGGGGGUGUCUUAAAGUCGGUUCUCACAUCCUUAGUGGGCAAAGCUACGCCAAGGUUCGCAGGAUGACUGAUUCCAAUGGGCGCGUUGUCAAACUUGCCAAACCCGGCAUGGCAGUCACUGUUUCAGGGUGGAAAACAUUGCCACAAGCUGGUGAUAAUAUCAUCGAGGGCUCGGAAUCGGACGUAAAGAAAGCUCUUAACAACCGAGUGCGCAGGGCAGCGAUUGACGCAUCUCUUUCCGAUGUGGACGCCAUUAACGAAUCGAGACGCCAUGAUCGAGAGAAAAGACUGCUUCAAGAGCAAUCGCCGACGCCUAAUGCCUCCAGGAAUCAACAUUUCGAAGAGAUUAAUACAGACUCUGGCAAGAAGGAGCUGAGACUCGUAAUCAAGGCGGAUGUUAGUGGAAGCGCAGAAGCGGUCGAGGGUGCUCUUCAGGGAAUUGGAAACAACGUGGCCAUGAGCAGGAUCAUCUCUACAGGCGUCGGUGAUGUGUCGGAAUCGGACGUGAUGUUAGCAAAGGCUGCCAACGCCACGAUCGUUGCCUUCUCUGUGGGCGUACCUCGCUCUGUCCAAAGCAUUGCCAAUCAGAACGCUGUGCCAAUUUGUACCUCUAAUAUCAUCUAUAAACUUAUGGAUGAUGUGAGGGAGCGCGUGCGGUCCUUGCUUCCUGUUGUCAUCGAGUCUAAGGUCACCGGCGAGGCCAACGUUCUACAACUCUUCGAUAUUCACCUCAAGGGCAAGGCUAUCAAAAAGGUUGCAGGGUGCAGGGUCACUAAUGGGCUGGUCGAGAAAUCCAAAUUCGCUCGUGUUGUCCGAAAUGGAGAAAUCAUCCAUGAAGGAUCUCUUGAUACAAUGAAACACUUGAAGAAGGAUGUGACAGAAAUCCGCAAGGGCAUGGAAUGUGGUUUGAGUUUCGGGGACUUUGCAGACGUGCGCGAGGGGGAUAUCAUCCAGAUGUUCGAGCGCAUUGAGAAGCCGGCCGUCCUAUAA